UUUUCUUCCAGAGUUUCAGAGUCCAGAGAGCGGAGGAGAUUUCCUUGGAAAUCUCCAAAAUAUAAAUCCCUAACCCCUUGCUCCCUUCAAUUCGCUGCUGCCAGACUCUCCUUCCCGAUCAUUGACUGUGGAAGCUUUUUUGCGUUUCACUUUCUUCCUUCGAACCGGUGCCAAGAACUAGUCCUAUAUCAUUCAGUAUUUUUCACUUUCACUUUUUCUUUGUCUCACUUUCUUCCUUUGAAUCGGCUAGAGUGUUCACUGUGGAUUGUCGACUUCCAGAAGCUCCAUUGUCCAAGCCAGGAACCUGAUUUCACAGAAGCCAAAGCAGAAGCUCGAUUGGUCGUCUGCUGUGAUCUAUUCACCCAUUUCCUCUACCAGGUCAAUUUCCAGACCAGGGGGUUAGUCAUAAGAUGACUCAACCAUCAGUGAUACUUGCAACAGCUAGCUAUGAUCACACCAUUAGGUUUUGGGAGGCGAAAAGCGGCCGGUGCUACCGUACAAUCCAGUACCCUGAUUCACAAGUUAAUCGACUUGAAAUAAACCCAGAUAAACGCUUCUUGGCUGCGGCUGGUAAUCCUCACAUUCGGUUGUUCGAUGUCAACUCCAACAGCGCUCAACCAGUGAGGAGUUAUGAUUCGCAUACAAAUAAUGUCAUGGCAGUGGGGUUUCAAUGUGAUGGAAAUUGGAUGUAUUCAGGAUCUGAGGAUGGCACAGUAAGGAUUUGGGAUUUGAGAGCACCAGGUUGUCAAAGGGAGUACGAAAGUCGGGCAGCUGUUAACACUGUUGUGCUUCACCCAAAUCAGACUGAACUGAUAUCUGGGGACCAAAAUGGGAACAUUCGUGUGUGGGAUUUGACAGCAAAUUCAUGUAGCUGUGAAUUGGUACCAGAGGUGGAUACAGCUGUAAGGUCUCUAACGGUUAUGUGGGAUGGGAGCUUGGUAGUUGCUGCAAAUAAUCGUGGAACCUGUUAUGUUUGGCGCCUAUUGCGAGGGACCCAGACUAUGACCAACUUUGAGCCGCUUCAUAAGUUACAAGCACAUGAUGGAUACAUUCUCAAAUGUCUCCUUUCACCUGAGUUUUGUGAACCUCACAGAUAUCUGGCUACUGCAUCUUCUGAUCACACUGUCAAGAUAUGGAAUGUUGAUGGGUUUACAUUGGAGAAAACUUUAAUAGGUCAUCAACGGUGGGUAUGGGACUGUGUUUUUUCAGUAGAUGGUGCUUACCUAAUAACAGCUUCGUCUGAUACAACGGCAAGGCUUUGGUCCGUGUCUACCGGUGAAGACAUUAGGGUGUAUCAAGGUCAUCAUAAAGCAACUGUUUGUUGUGCUCUCCAUGAUGGAGCAGAACCGUCUUCAUCUUGAACAUGAUUUUUUUGUUUUUUUUUUUAAUCAGCUGUGUGCUUUAUCUGUGCAGUGGACUUGUUUAUGUAUAUGUGUCUUGUUGGUUUUUGCAAAUUAUUUUCGCACUAAUUUUGUUGUAGACAUCAAUUAGUUUUUAAGUAUUCUGCUUUGAACA